AUGCACUACUCUCCUGGCGCACCCUUGCUGAGAUCCUACGACUUGGUCAACUGGGAGUUCGUAUCUCAUUCUGUUCCCGAGCUCCCAGGAUCCCAAUUCUCUCUCAACGGAACUGAUCACGCAGCUUACGUCAAGGGAGUCUGGGCAUCCUCCCUUGGGUAUCGCCAGAGCAACGGUGUUUUCUACUGGUACGGCUGCAUACAGGGAGAGGGCAAGACUCACAUCUUCACUGCAUCGAGCCCAGAAGGACCUUGGACACAUCACGAACCGAUCCCCACUUGCUACUAUGAUCUGGGGCUGCUGAUAGACACCGAUGACACCAUGUACAUCGCGUAUGGAGCGGUAGACAUCCAUGUUGCUCAGUUGUCUCCCGAUGGAUUUUCGGAAGUUCGAAGCGAGGUGGUCUACACCGAGGAUGCUCACAGGUACAUCGAAGGAUCGCGUUUUUACCAUAUUGAUGGCAACUAUUACAUCUGGAUUACCAAGCCAGGAGAUGAACAACAUGUGCUCAAGUCGACAUCCGGUCCAUGGGGUCCCUACGAGAUCAAGGAGGUCAUUGCUCAAAUGAAAGCCCCCGUCGAAGGAGCCGGUGCUCCCCACCAAGGAGGUCUGAUCUCCACAGAGAACGGUGACUGGCUUUACAUGGCAUUCAUCGAUGUGUAUCCAGGUGGUAGCAUACCAGUUCUUGCCCCCAUCGAAUGGGAUGCCGAGGGCUGGCCGCAAGUAGUGACAGAUGCAGAUGGUGGCUGGGGUGUCAACUACCCUGCACCUAUUCAGACUACAAAGACCGUCGAAGGAAGCGGUGCCUAUGUGGACAAGUUUGAGGGAGACAUACUGGGACCUCGUUGGGAGUGGAAUCAUAAUCCAGAUAACGACGCAUGGAGCUUGAGCCCUGAUGGACUGGUUCUGAACACAGCGACGGUUUGUGAGGGGCUGUACGGAGCCUCAAACACCCUCACGCAACGAAUUCUCGGGCCGAAGAGCCAAGGAACCUUUCGCCUUGACAUUUCUGGAAUGAUUGACGGGGACCAAGCUGGUGUCACGGCACUGCGACAAGAUAGCGCGUACAUCGGGAUCCACAAGACCGAUGGGGUGGCGCAACUUGUCUAUGUUGAUGGCAUCAGCAUGGAUUCAGAGCAAGAUUGGUUGACCACCUCCAAUGGCUACGUCAAGGCAGAGGGUCCUGUGAUCGAAGGUGCAGACCUGUGGCUACGGAUCAAAGCCGACAUUACGCCCUCAGUUUUGGGAGACUCAAGCAACAUUCCGCGAUAUGCUUCUUUCUGGUACAGCGUUGAUGGGCAAAACUUUGAACCGCUUGGGCCAGAGUAUGCUCUCAACCCUGAGUGGUACUUCUUCAUGGGUUACCGUUUUGGCGUCUUCAAUUGGGCCAAGAAGAAUUUGGGUGGAAGUCUAUUGGUGAAGGAGUUUGCGCUGGAGAUGUUGGAUUAG